AUCGCAUUUGAAAAAAAGAACUUCUAUUUGACACGUCCCGCUUGCCCGCCUCACACACGCCGCCCGUUCGUUUCUAACAACACAAAGCAACAACUCCAAAAAGAAUAAUGCCCGGCAUCGUAUUAGAAGAACCUUUUUCGAUUGCCCGAUUCCAUAACGUCAUUGACUCGAGCGAUGCCAGCAAACAAUUUACGAUUGGCUUGAAUCCUUUAGAGCACUCGAUCGUGGCCGAUCCUAAUGAAGAAUCAAUUACCGACGAUUCCGAUCUCGUUCUUGUGGCUGUCCAGGGUGAAGGCAUUAAGCUCUACAGUACUGCCGAUCAAAAGUGUAUCAAAUCAUGGACGACACCUCCUGGUCUGGUUCUAGGCGGAUCGGCCAUUCACCGUGUCAGUGAAUCAACUGAUUAUACGUUUGCGCUAGUGACCUCGGGAAAAGAUAUUCCAAAGAAAGAACAUAACCGGAUAGUAUGGAUGUGGAAGAAUGGCACGGAUAAUCGAGUUGCUAAAACAUUGGAUGAACGUAUACAUUCUAUGCAUGUUUCGCCCGCGCUUCCAUCAGGUGUUAUAUUUGUAAACCAGAAUGGCUCAAUUGCACUGAUGAAUAACGAUUUGGAUCGCACUCUGGCAAAGACUACGUCGCCUAUAAGUGGCACGGUCGUUUGGUCCACUGUUUUUGUUACCACCAAUCCACACGUUCGCCCUUGCUGCGUAUCCAACUCGCUUGUGCCUGUGAACUCGACGAUUAUUCUAACUAUAAACGCACAUGACAAUUCAUCCGACCGCUAUGCCAUUUAUUUACACUAUUAUAACGAAGAGCGACGAAGCGUUGUCCCGCUUGUCAAAGCUGAAAUUGCUCUCAAGGAAAAGCCUGUAGCUUUCACAUUCGAUCCUACUGAUGGCAGAAUUACAACUCUCGGUGUUGGAGGCAAGUGGACUGUAUGGCGCUUAAAGAUUAAGCAAGAAACUGGUCGUAAGCUCGUUGGUCGCCUUGAUACACAACUGUCGACACAACUCCAAGGCUAUCAGUUGCAUAGCGAAAAGCUGGGUAACGUAGCAGCUAUUGCCCCGUUGUCCGAGGGUUAUGUUGCUAUGGUUGCUCCUCGACUUAAAGACAAUACGGCUGAACAUGUUGUCAGUAUUUGGGAUGUCAAGUAUGGUACUCUGCAGGCAGAGCGUAUACUCAACUUAGCAGAGAAAAACGCAUGCGGCAAAGACAAGUGCAUCUACAAGAUCUCUGUGCUAUCCAACUCACAUUUGGCCAUCACGAUUUCUUCGCUCGUCUCUACCACCGCAAAAGACACAAAAAAGACUCGAUCUGUCACCGAUGCCAAGUCUACCGUUGUAUUAUGUCCAUUCUACAGUGAACCCAUAUCGUUGAUGGCAGCAAUGGGAAAAAUGAAGUCGACUGCACGAUUCCUUGGUAUUGAUGACGACUCAAAGCCAGAAAGCAUUGGCGUCACACGAAGCGAUAUGGAUGCUCUCAGUUUCCAACCUCCAAGGCAUGCGGAUAAAGACGACGAUGAUGCACUCUAUGAUCGUUGGGCUCACUCGUUGGAGCAUGUCCAAAAGAAAGAAAACAAGUCUCUGUCCUUAUUGUUAAACCCAACGAUCGAUGUCGAGAACUUCUCCAAGACUUUCUUCUCUCGGGUGUCAAAGAAGGAAAUCAAAAGACCAUCUUCAACCAUUGAAAAAUCGUCUAGCGCUUAUCGAGAGGCAAUGGCUCAAAUGGAAUCCAAAGGCAAACAUGGACAGAUUGAAUUGUCGCACCGAUUUGUUUCCUGUGUUGUUCGGAAAUGUUUUGUGUGCCCGAAUUUCUGGCCCUUACAUGUGAUUUUGUACCUUCUCCAAAUUCGACAUAUCCGUAGCAGUGAUAUUGAAGGAGGCAUUAUUCCAGUUUUGUUGGAGCGAAAUGAAUGGGCAUUGGUACCUAUCGUACUUGAAAGCGUUCCAGAUAUUCCAGAAACAGAUCUUGUUGUACUACUUAAGGCAUUGCUAGCAAAUCCAGACAGCCUUCCAGUAUCGACGCGCGAAGAUCUUUUCAAGCACAUCAUUGAUUCGCCACACAACGAGAUCUUCAUGCAACAGGCAUUGAAACGCUUGACAGCCUCGGAAAUACCUGCAGCGGUGAACAUGAUUAUAUGGCGUUUGGAAAAUGUUCAAUUAUUUGAAUCUUCUGACACUUUCAUUAAUGUACUUGAAUUUACGAAUGGCCUUCUCGAUAGCCAUUAUCCUGUCAUCAUCAUGGAACCUACGCUGUAUGAAGCAGUCAACAGAAUACAAGAAUUGACAUUAGAACAUACAGACACAGCCGAUCAAGUCGACCGGUUACGAGGUAUGCUGGGUCCAUUUGAACGCAAGCAACGACAACAACUUGCACAAGCGGCAAAGGAACUGGCAAUGCAGCAACUGCAGAAGCAACAGCAUAAGAACAGUAGCAAUAAGCAACGUGGCGGCGCUGCUGCUCUCCAACAGGAUGAGCAGGGUAUACCAGUCUAUAGAGUGGAAAUAUUCAAUUUUUAAACAAAGAAUUUUACUGCAUCUUCCCAUCAUCAUCCAUCCUUUUCUCUUGUCUUGUAUAAUAAAUUGAUUUGUUUUUCUCAUAGAGCAAAGCAUGACCACUGUCACGCACG